AUGUCAAUACCCGGCAAGGAUAGUGGUGCGGUCGUGCUCGAAACUUCGAUGGGCCGCAUCGUGCUAGAGCUGUAUUGGAAGCAUGCGCCGCGCACAUGCGCAAACUUCUACCAGCUUGCUAAGCAGGGAUUCUACGACGGAAUCAUCUUUCACCGCGUCAUCAGCGAUUUCAUGAUCCAGGGAGGCGACCCAACAGGGACAGGUUCAGGAGGCACCUCGAUCUACGGUGGUCUCUUCGAGGAUGAGCUGCAUCCCGAGCUUCGCUUCGUCGGAGCUGGUAUCCUUGCUUCGGCUAACGCUGGGCCUAACACGAACCGUAGUCAAUUCUUCAUCACUCUGGCGCCAACGCCAUUCCUAGACGGAAAGCACACCAUCUUUGGUCGUGUCUCUGACGGCCUGUCUGCAGUUCGUGAGAUUGGCGCUGCCGAGACUCAGGAUGAUAGGCCUCGCGAAGAGAUCAAAAUUGUCAAAGCAAUGGUAAUCUAA